AUGAAAUAUAUCGAUAGAUGACUUUUUAGUACAUCACAUAAAGAUAUAGCAAUCUUAUAUUUAAUAUUUGGAUUUGUUUCAGGUAUGGUUGGUACUGCUAUGUCAGUAAUAAUAAGAAUGGAAUUAACAGGAGGAAAUGCUCAAUUCUUACAUAAUAAUAAUCAUUUAUUUAAUGUAUUAGUUACAGGACAUGCUAUUGCUAUGAUAUUCUUAUUUGUAAUGCCAGUUUUAAUUGGAGCUUUUGGUAACUUUUAUUUACCAAUAAUGAUAGGAGCAGUUGAUAUGGCAUUUGCUAGAUUAAAUAAUAUAAGUUUUUGAACUUUACCUCCUGCAUUAGUAUGUAUAAUAGCUUCAGUUUUAAUUGAAAAUGGAGCAGGAACAGGUUGAACGGUUUAUCCACCAUUAUCAUCAAUAGGUUCACAUUCAGGACCUAGUGUAGAUUUAGCAAUAUUUGCAUUACAUUUAACAAGUAUAUCAUCAUUAUUAGGAGCUAUAAACUUUAUAGUAACAUUCUUAAAUAUGAGAACAAUAGGAUUACAUAUGAUAAAUUCACCAUUAUAUGUUUGAGCAGUAUUCUUUACAGCUAUAUUAUUAUUAUUAUCAUUACCUGUAUUAACAGCUGGAGUUACAUUAUUAUUAAUGGAUCGUAAUUUUAAUACUGGUUUCUACGAAGUAGGAGCUGGAGGAGAUCCUGUAUUAUAUCAACAUUUGUUCUAUUUCUUCGGUCAUCCAGAAGUAUAUAUUUUAAUUAUACCUGGUUUUGGUAUAAUUUCACAUAUAGUAUCAACAUAUUCUAAAAAACCAAUAUUCGGAGCAUUAGGUAUGACUUAUGCUAUGGGAUCAAUUGGAUUAUUAGGAUUCUUAGUUUGAAGUCAUCAUAUGUAUAUUGUAGGAUUAGAUAUAGAUUCAAGAGCUUAUUUCACAUCUGCAACAAUGGUAAUUGCUGUACCAACAGGAAUUAAAAUAUUCUCAUGGCUAAACAGUUCCUUUAGUAAGAACAAUAAUAGCUUGGCCAAAAAAUAUAAUAAUUCUUUUUCACAUUCAUUUAUUUAUUUUAAAAAUAUAAAUAUUCCCCAACCUUCUGGUUGGGGAUACUGCCGAGCUAUCUGCUCGGCCGAUAAAAAUAUAUAUUUUUAUAAACCCAUAAAUUUUAUAAGAAAUAAAUCAACAUAUUCUAUAUAUAAAUCUUUAAGUGAAGAUAUAAAUAAUUCUUCUAUAGAAGUUAAGAAUAAAGUUGAUGAGAAUAUAAAACGAAAAAUUAAUUUUUAUAAUUUAGCAUAUAAUGGUAUAGAUAUUAAAUAUGAGAAUAUAAAUAAUCCCCCCGCGGAAGCGGGAGGGAUCCCCUCUGACUGUGUCUGGGGGAAUAAAUAUGAAUGUAUUUUACCAGAUAUAAAUAAUGAAAGUUUAUUAAAAAUAUUUAAAAGAUCAAAUAUUAAAUAUAUUAAACCAAAUAAUAUAUGUAAAGAUAUAGUAUUUUAUGGUUCUAAUUUAGAAUCAGUUAAUCAUUUACCAUUUUAUACAUCUAUUAUUAGAAAUAUGAUAAAUAUACCUAAUAGUUUAUUACCAAUGAUUAUAGGUAUAAUUUUAUCUGAUGGUUAUAUAGAACAUAAAUCAAAAAAAAAUAUAGAUAAUUCAAUAUUUAAUAAGCCAUUAACAUUUGAUUAUAAUGAUAAAAUAUUAUAUAAUAAAGGUUUAUUAAUUAAUUCAAAUUCUAGAUUUAAAUUUAAACAAAGUUUAAAUAAUUUUGAAUAUGUUUGAUUUGUUUAUACAAAAUUAAAUCAUUAUUGUACUAAACCACCUAUUUUAAAGUUAAGUAAAUUAAAAGGUAAAAAUUAUCCAUCAGUUGAAUUAUACACUAAAGCAUUACCUUGUUUUAGUAUAUUAAGACGUAUGUUUUAUAAUGGUAGAAUUAAAGUUUUACCAUAUAAUAUUUAUUAUUUAAUUAAUUAUGAAGUUUUAGCUCAUAUUAUUAUGGGAGAUGGUUCUUUUACCAGUAAAGGAUUAAUAUUAAAUUUACAAUCAUUUACUCAUUAUGAAUUAACUAUUUUAGUAGAUAUAUUUAAAAGAAAAUUUAAUUUAAAUUGUAAAAUACAUAAAUCAAGAAAUUUAUUUGUUAUUUAUAUUAAUGUUAAAUCAGUUAAAUUAUUAUAUCCUCAUAUUGAACAAUAUAUUUUACCAAGUAUGAAAUAUAAAUUUAAUAAAAAAAUAAAUAAAUAA